AUGAGUGUACUGUCGGAAAAGUAUGACACUUUAAUGGCGGAACAUGAAGAAUCGAAGAAAAAAAUUCGUGAUCUGGAAAAGUCCAUAGUGAAUACCAAUAAUAAAUGUGUGUACCUGGAGAAAUGUAACAUGGCUCUUGAGCAAAAAGUGCACGAGUUCGACCAAGCUUCCCGUAAGCAUAAUCUAGAAAUUGUAGGUAUUGAACAAUUACCUAAUGAAAACGUUAUGGCGGUGGCUAAAAAACUGGGAGAUAUCAUAGGAGUGAGCAGCGCAUGUAUCGACUGGGUGAGUCGCCGCACGACACGCAAAAUUAAUGACAAACCAGCUCCGAUUAUUAUAGGUUUUAAGACUUCAGGCACUAAAAGUCGGGACGAAUGGUUAGCCAACAGGCGUAAGCUCAAGGAAUUAAACAGCAGCGCGAUCACCGGCGGAUCUCAACGUAAUAAAAUUUUUAUUAACGAAGAUUUAACCAAAACAUCACGAGAGCUGCUGUGGAAUGCCAAGACACAGCUGAAGGAAAGAUUUAAAUUCAUCUGGGUAAAUAACGGCAAGAUCUUAGUGAAAAAAGCUGACGGAGAUAAAUCUGUGUGGGUCAGUGAGUUACUUGUGUCAUUAGACAAUAAUUUAAAAAAAAUAGAUGUAAUUGUUGUCACGGAGCCUAACAUUAAUUAUGCAUAUUUAUCUUUUUAUAAAAUUAAUGGCUUCACGAUUAAUAGUUUCACUCGUUCGGGAAGAAGCGGGGGAGGGGUAAUAGUGUACGCGCGGGAGGGGCUCGCGGCUCGGGUGUGCGGCCUGACGACACGUGCAGUGGCACAGAUGCGCUCAGCGGAGUGCGUCACUAUAACACUAACUCAUGACUAUGAACCAAUUUAUAUAAUUUCAAUAUACAGACCGCCUAAAAUAAAUAAACAAGAUAAAACUUUGCAAUUUCUAGAAGAAUGUCGUAACCUAUUAGAAAGUAUACCCAAUAACACGAAAGUAAUUUUUUGUGGCGACAUAAAUUUAAACUUAUUAAAAAAUCGAGAUAAACAUGUCAUAAUGUAUGAAGAACUUUUAGCUGAGUUUGGUUUUAUCAAAUGUAUCGAUCGAGUUACCCGUAGUGAAAUCCUAUUGGAAAACCUAGUAGAAUCAUGUCUGGAUCAUAUAUUCAUUCGUGCACCAUCGGCAAAAAUAGAUUCAGCUGUGAUACACCAUAAAAUAUCCGAUCAUUACCCGGUAUCGGUUGCGGUGGAGUGGGAACGCGCCCCGUUGCAUAGCAGUAUGGACGCAUCUGAGCACGAGUCGUCGCUGGGUUCGCGUUCCGAGGCUACCUCCCGCCCCCGCCCCCACCCUGCACAGCCUACCGCUAAUAGCUCACGACUAAUACGUGUCCUGGACAAUCGUGCAGUACGAGAGAAACUAUUAUCGACUAAUUUUGAUGAUCUACUAUCAAUUACAUGCCCAUUGAAGCUUUAUGAAGCUUUUAGAUUAAUAUUUUUAGAUAUUUAUCAAUGUUGUUAUAGUACUAAAAUAGUUUAUAGUAGUAAUAGAAAUAAUAAAGGCUGGGUUACGGAACAUCACAAAAAAAUGCUUUUAGAAAGGGAUAGACUAUUUGUAAUAUGGAGUAAUGAACCAAAAAAUAUGAUAAAACGAUUAAGUUACACUAAAUAUAGAAAUAAAUGUAAUAAAGUUAUAUCUAAGAGUAGAAAUGAGUUUUUAGAUCCUAAAACGAGAAAAGUUGUAAUAAGCAGAGAUGUGGUCUUCCUUGAAAGCUCAGUUAAAAGAGAUUAUUCUCUUGUACCACUUUCAGAGUCUGUCUCAGAAUCAUGUGAAAGUGAUGACAACUCUAAGACCCAGAAAAUCACUCUGAAACAGUCUAAGAUGACUGAAGACGAAUCAAGUGAAGAUUUUUACUCUGAUGAUGGAUCUCUGUAUGAGCCCGAUGUAACUAUAGAUUCAUCUGAGCUAACAAAUAAUAUCACAACAAGAUCUAAAGCAAGAUUAUAUAGAAUGCAAGCUCAUAAAGAAGCAGAAGCCAAUGCUUACAAAUGUACAGAUGAAAUUAUAAGAGAACAGCUCUUCCUAGGGACAAGUUCCAAUAUUUUAGAAAAAGAAUUGGUGUUC